AAGACUCGUGCACGCGCGCUGAGGGAGUGUGGCGGGUGCGCGCGGGCGGUUCUCGGCGGAUCUCCUUCAGUCUGUCGGUCAGUCAUGGCGGAUGGGGAGCUGGACGUGGAUUCUCUCAUUUCCAGACUGUUAGAAGUGCGAGGAUGCCGUCCAGGAAAGAUCGUUCAGAUGACCGAAGCGGAGGUUCGAGGUUUGUGUAUUAAAUCACGUGAGAUCUUCCUCAGUCAACCCAUCCUGCUGGAGCUCGAGGCGCCGCUCAAAAUCUGCGGUGAUAUUCACGGCCAGUACACAGAUCUGUUGAGGCUGUUUGAGUACGGUGGAUUUCCUCCGGAGGCGAAUUAUCUGUUUCUAGGAGAUUACGUGGAUCGAGGGAAACAGUCUCUGGAAACCAUCUGUCUGCUGCUGGCGUACAAGAUCAAAUACCCCGAGAACUUCUUCCUGCUGCGGGGAAACCACGAGUGUGCCUCCAUCAACCGAAUCUACGGCUUCUACGAUGAGUGCAAACGCAGAUUCAACAUCAAACUGUGGAAAACGUUCACGGACUGUUUCAACUGCUUGCCGAUUGCCGCCAUCGUGGAUGAGAAGAUAUUCUGCUGCCAUGGAGGUCUUUCUCCAGAUCUUCAGUCCAUGGAGCAGAUCAGACGCAUCAUGAGACCUACAGAUGUACCUGACACAGGUCUGUUGUGUGAUCUGCUGUGGUCAGACCCUGAUAAAGACGUUCAGGGUUGGGGUGAGAAUGAUCGCGGCGUCUCGUUCACAUUUGGUGCCGAUGUGGUGAGCAAGUUCCUCAACCGCCACGAUCUGGAUCUCAUCUGCCGCGCGCAUCAGGUGGUCGAGGACGGUUACGAGUUCUUUGCGAAGCGUCAACUGGUCACACUGUUCUCGGCGCCAAAUUACUGCGGCGAGUUUGACAACGCUGGAGGAAUGAUGAGCGUAGAUGAGACUCUCAUGUGCUCGUUCCAGAUUCUGAAGCCGUCGGAAAAGAAGGCAAAGUACCAGUACGGAGGGAUGAACUCUGGCCGUCCCGUGACUCCACCCCGGACAGCCACACCCCCUAAGAAGCGGUGAAUGAAGAGCGGGGCGGAGCAACGAAUCGGGGAUGAAGACUCUUUCUGCAGCUUCUCUUGAAAGAAAAUACAAAUGAUGUAGUUACAAAAGAAAAACACUGUCUUGACAUUUAUUUCCUUUUUGAUUGAUUUCUCGUCUGUCAGUCUGUUGCUUUCAGACGGCUCUCCACGUGUGUGCAACGUCACAUUUAUCAAAGCAUUUGAGGUGAACACCGGAAACGCACUCAUUCUGGUCACGUAUCAGAGCAUUUACAGGGAUUGCUCAUGCUAAAAAUGUUGUUCUAAAUGUGCAUGACUGACUUUCUUUAGUGGAGCUCAAGAGAUGUUUGGCUGAAUGUUCAGGACUGACAUUCUCAGUCACCAUUCACUUUCAAUGCAUCUUUUCUCCAUACAGUGAAUGGUGACUGCCUAAAAUCUCCUUUUGUGUUCCACAUAAGAAAGAAAUAAGAAGGCGAGUCAGUGAUGAAUGAUUUUGGGUUUUUAGCUGAACUAUACCUUUAUACUAAACAAACAGGAGGAUGUACAUGAACGAGUUCUGUUCUAGUUGAUAAUUUCUUUCAAGACCUGUUUGAAACAGGGUAAACAAGUUCAUAACAUCUGGAUUUUCAAAAAAUAAACUAUAACAAACA